AGCAUGUACAAAACCGCGAUGAAACUUGAUCCAUGUACCUUACAAAUCGCAAAUGACCCCCACACACACACACACACACACACCACCUGUCAGGAGACUCAGCCCACAUAACCAAAGACGCCUGAGCCGGAGGACACAAUCUGAGAGAAGUUUUUCAGCAACACAAGUAUCACUGGAUCCUAUCUGUUCUGCUCUGAGACCAGCUGCAAGCAACAGGUUUGUUCCAGUCAGGCCCUCAUGCCACGCUUGCGUGAUUAAAAUGACAACAGUUAAAGGUACAGUACUGCUCGAGUGACUCUGCUAAGCUGCUUCCACGUUUCUGUUUUCCAAGACAACCUCUGAAGGACCCUGGGACAGAAAGAAAAGAUAAGCGACACUUCUGAACAGUAUUCUGAACAUUGUGAAUCCUCUGCGUUUGUGGGUGAACCAGAAACAUUGUGAAAGGAGAAACUCUGAGAAAACGAGGCACAAAAAGAAGCUGUCGUCAAAUCAAAUCAAUGAUGGUUUUGAAAAAGCUUCUGCGUUUCGGGAAACAGCUGCUGAGGGUGAAGGUUGUCGACUGCAACUCGGGGGAUUCGCGACUCUCCCGAUGCUUGAACACCUUUGACCUGGUGGCUCUUGGUGUGGGCAGCACCUUGGGAGCUGGGGUGUAUGUCCUCGCUGGAGCCGUGGCCCGGGAAAAUGCAGGACCGGCCAUUGUCCUGUCGUUCCUCAUCGCAGCCCUGGCCUCAGUGCUCGCGGGCCUCUGUUAUGCAGAGUUUGGGGCGAGAGUGCCGAAAACGGGCUCAGCGUACCUGUACAGCUAUGUGACUGUUGGGGAACUAUGGGCCUUUAUAACUGGCUGGAACCUUAUACUUUCGUAUGUUAUAGGUACAUCAAGUGUCGCCCGAGCUUGGAGUGCCACAUUUGAUGAGCUGAUUGGAAAACAAAUUGAGCAUUUUUGUCGACAGUACAUGUCCAUGAAUGCUCCGGGCAUUCUGGCGGAGUACCCAGAUAUGUUUUCCGUAUUCAUCAUCCUUACUCUCACAGCCCUGCUGGCCUUCGGGGUGAAGGAGUCAGCCAUGGUCAACAAAGUGUUCACCUGCAUCAAUGUCCUGGUGUUGGUGUUCAUGGUUGUAUCUGGACUUGUUAAAGGUACACUGAAGAACUGGCACCUGGACCCUGAAGAGAUUCUCAAUGGAACCAAUUCCACCAUUAAUGCUACACAGCCUCUGCCAUCAAGAGAGAUGCUGGGUAAAGGUGGGUUCAUGCCUUUCGGCUUCACAGGGGUCUUAUCAGGGGCAGCUACCUGCUUUUACGCCUUCGUUGGGUUCGACUGCAUCGCAACUACAGGUGAGGAGGUGAAGAACCCCCAGAGAGCCAUUCCCAUCGGCAUUGUCUCCUCCCUCCUUAUCUGUUUUGUAGCAUACUUUGGUGUAUCAGCAGCCCUCACCAUGAUGAUGCCAUAUUACAUGCUGGAUAAGAACAGCCCUCUUCCCAUGGCCUUUAAAUACGUCGGCUGGGAAGGAGCCACGUACGCUGUGGCGGUAGGCUCCCUUUGCGCCCUGUCUACCAGUCUCUUGGGGUCCUUGUUCCCCCUCCCACGUAUAAUGUUUGCCAUGGCCCGGGACGGUCUGCUCUUCUCGUUUCUGGCACGGGUGAGCGAGAAGAAGACGCCCGUCGUGUCCACUCUGGCCUCCGGGGUCAUUGCUGCUAUUAUGGCUUUCCUGUUUGACCUGAAGGACCUGGUUGAUCUGAUGUCUAUAGGAACUCUUUUGGCCUACACGCUGGUCGCUGCCUGUGUUCUAGUACUCAGGUAUCAGCCCGAGCAGUUUUCUCAAACAUAUCACAUAGCAAACACACAGGACGAGAUGGAAAUGAGCGAGACCAUAAGUACGCCUAGCAUGGGGAUUCUUCCCGGCAUAGAAGAGCGUUUCAGCUUCAAAACACUGCUCUUCCCCGACAUCACUGAACCCUCCAACCUUUCAGGCUUCACUGUUAACGUCUGUACGAGUCUGCUUGGUCUGCUGAUCUUCAGCUUUAGUCUGAUGGCCGUCCUGGGUGGAAGUGCAGUGUGGAAUAUUGUCAUUCUCAGUGUUCUGUUCAGCGUGUGUGUCAUUGUCACAUUUAUCAUCGGGAGACAACCUGAGAGUAAAACCAAGCUCUCUUUUAAGGUUCCUUUACUUCCAUUCAUCCCAGUGGUCAGCAUGUUUGUCAAUGUGUACCUGAUGAUGCAGCUGGACAGGGGUACCUGGGUACGAUUUGCCAUCUGGAUGUCUAUAGGACUCAUAAUCUACUUUGGCUAUGGAAUCUGGCAUAGUACUGAAGCCACACUGGCCCAUUCCAGGAUGGACGAGGAACUGAGUGUAUACAAACCCGCCUGCAGUCUAAACAGGGACAGUGUGACCCCGGAAAAGGAGGCUUUCCUCUGUAACGGAUCACGUGUUUAUGAGGACGGAGAUCUCUAAUAUGGAACAGUGUUACAUUAUUUUACUCAAACUUUACAUGAAAGCACACCGCCGGGAGGUUGUGAGGAGCACAGGCCGUUGGAAUCGAAUCAGAUGGAGCUCAAUGAUCCAUUUAACAAUGUCACUUCCUUGUCAAGAAGUCUAAGAGCUUUGUAAAGUGCACACUACAUAGGUGGAAGUAUUUGGUUAUUCUCACAACUCAAGGGUUUUGUUUCCUACUUCAGAAAUCUUUAAGAAACCAAAACAAGCACAGGGCCUUUUAUUACGUGGUUGUAGAGUAAAAAAACAAACAUACAAAAAAAAAAUUGUCAUCUGUAAGCUGCAGUAUUUCUUGUUUAUGGCCGCUUUUGUUAAAUGAUCAAAUUGAACUUUUGCCUUUUGUCUUACUAUUGCAAUUGAAACUAAAUCAGAGCUGUUUGAUCUGAAUCUUGGAUGUCAGUGUUUAUGGUUUUACGUAUCUGAACGCGCCUUUACAAGAAAAAGAAAUCAAAUCAUGCUUGACUUUUCUGCUGAAUUUGUAGUACUCUCUCAUGUCUGAAGUCCCAUUUAGGAACCUUUUCCGGCUGGUUUGAACUGCCCGGAUCCAGAAUUUGUAGGUUUUUGCUGGUCCACCCAGAUUAGACCUUCAAGUAGUACUGCCACCUGGUGGUGUGGUAGCGCAGUCACCAGGGUUAUUUGCUUUUAUCUGUCACAGUGCUGGCUACUGUGUUUUCUUAUGCAGAUGGAGUCUGCCUCUUCUCUCGCAUGUUAAUGUUGCAUAAGCAGGCACUUUUUAGGAUAUUUGGAGAGAAGUUGAUAUCUGUUUUGGUCAUUUACGGUGUUUGGACAUUAUAUAUCGCAUUGUAUUUGUCAGUCAAAAUAUUUUACAAAUUAAAAAUGAGUCUAAAUAAUAUUGGAAUAAUUUAUUUU